GUGUGUUAAAUAAGCACGUAACCCUACCCAGCUGCCCCCUCUUAUCCAACUGAUCGAAACGGCAAAACCUGGUCACUGUGCAGCACUCAGACCCACCCAAUUUGACACCCACCAACACCAAGCCAUGAACACCAAACUCCCCAUCAAACGCAAAGCUCCACACCCCAAUUCCCUUUCCCUCGAUAAUGCAUCCACCAAUGGUACGAUCGUUGAUGUUGAUUUCGAGUCGAAACCCGUCCCCUUCAAGUUCCAGCGCAUCUGGACGGAGCCCGACGAGAUCCGUCUCCUUCAGGGCCUCCUCGACUCUGUCUCUCUCGGUCUCUCCUUCCCCAAAGACCUCUCUAUCUUCUUCGACUCCUUCUCCAAGUCGAUGUCCCAGCCCUACUCCCGCCCUCAGCUCUCCGAGAAGCUCCGCCGACUCCGCAAGAAGUUCCGCCUCAUCUCUUCCCGCCUCGACCGCGGACUUUCUAUCUCUCGUUUGUCUACUCACGAUCGCGCUCUCUAUGAAUUGUGUGACAAGCUUUGGACUCCUCAAUUGGCUUCUACCUCUGCUUAUGGAAAUGGUACUGCUACCAACGCCGUUGGUGAUCUGAGUGGCGGGAAUUUGGUUGGUGUUAAAUUUAGUUUAUCACCGGUUCUGCCUUCCGGUUUGUAUCAGAGUCAGAGUCUCAAUGUGAAUGAACUUGGUAAUUCGGGACUUUCCCAUGUUGUUGAUGCUACUGGUGGUGAUUCUUUCGAUGAUUUUAGCGUAGGUGGUGAUGGGAAUGUGAGGCUGAGGGAUCUGGAGAUGGAUUAUCAUUUUAGCAGCCGAGAAGGGAAAAUGAGGGGGGCAAGUAGUGUAGGCGUUGGUGGGAUUACGGGAAAGUGUGUUUUGGAAGCAUUUGAUCAGUCCUUGAAUGAGGUGAGGAAGACUCUUACUCAGCAGAGUCUAUUUCCUUUAGAUAAAGGAAAAGAGAAAACUUUUCAGCAGCGAUGGAGGGAGCAGCGGAUGGCAGAACUUGGCAUUUUCGCACGGCGAAUGAGGUUGGUUCUUGACAACUAUUUUCAUGUGCAAUGAGUAUAUAAUUUUCUUGGUUUUGGAUGUAAUGUUGGCACAUCACAAUAGAAUUGUUGAUUUUUUUCUUUUCCUUUUUUUUUUCAUUCAUAGAUAGGAAAAAAAAAUGUACAGGCAUAGGAGAUGGGUUAAAGUUGGCUUAUAAUUGCACUUGAUUAUUUAUGAAUGAAAACUUUCUCGGAAUUGUUUUGGA